AACCAUCAAUUCGAAAGAAGGAGAAAAGGAAAAAUCGAAACUCGCCAUUGUAGUAGUGUACAGAAGUGAGUGAAUUUGAGCCAUUGCAACGAAACGGUUUUCUGCCUCGGGUCUUGGGUGUACUGUGUUUAUUGAGUGUGUGCUAUAUUUCAAAAAGAAAGUGCGUUUUUGAGUGAUUCUAGGUUUUAUGUGAUAAUGGCAACGGCGUAUCCGCCGUCGCCCGCGUGAAUUAGUGAGACUCAAGUGCAGUGAACCUCCAGGGCUCGCCGCCUCAAGAAUAAGCCGACCACGAUGAAAAUGGUGUUGUCACAACGGCAACGAGAGGAGCUAAACAAAGCGAUCGCCGACUACCUGGGCAGCAAUGGCUACAACGACGCGCUGGAAGCGUUUAAGAAGGAGGCGGAAAUGACCGGCGAAAUGGAUCGCAAGUUUGGUGGCCUACUCGAGAAGAAGUGGACUUCGGUUAUCAGGCUCCAGAAAAAGGUGAUGGAACUGGAAUCCAAGCUCUCUGAGGCACAGAAGGAAUAUAUAGAGGGCGCGCCAACGAGAGCCAAGCGCACGCCUACUGAGUGGAUUCCACGUCCACCUGAGAAGUUCUGCCUUACCGGCCACCGGGCCACCAUUACAAAGGUAAUAUUUCAUCCAGUGUUCAGUUUGUUGGUGUCUUCGAGCGAGGACGCUACAAUCAAAGUGUGGGAUUUUGAGAAUGGCGACUACGAACGAUCCCUGAAGGGCCACACCGACUCCGUUCAGGACAUUGCUUUCGAUCAUCAUGGCAAGCUACUUGUAUCCUGCAGUGCGGAUAUGUCGAUCAAACUGUGGGAUUUCAACCAGACAUUCGAGUGUAUUAAAACUAUGCACGGUCAUGAUCACAAUGUGUCGUCGGUUGCGUUCUCUCCCAGUGGUGAUAUUGUGUAUUCAGCCAGUCGGGACAAGACGAUCAAAGCUUGGGAAGUUGCUACCGGCUACUGCGUGAAGACGUACAAGGGGCACCGCGAGUGGGUGCGCAUGGUGCGCGUGUCGGCGGACGGCGCGCUGCUCGCGUCCUGCUCCAACGACCAGACCGUGCGCAUCUGGAACGCGGACACCAACGAGUGCAAGAUGGAGCUGCGCGAGCACGAGCACGUGGUGGAGUGCGUGUCGUGGGCGCCCGAGGCGGCGGCGGGCGCGGUCAACGAGGCGGCCGGCGGCGACAACCGCCGCGCCUCCCACCCGGGGCCCUUCCUCGCGAGCGGCUCGCGCGACAAGUCCGUCAAGAUCUGGGACGUGAGCACGGGCCAGUGCCUGGCCACGCUGGUGGGGCACGACAACUGGGUGCGCGGCGCGGCGUGGCACCCCGGCGGCCGCUACCUGCUCACCGCCUCCGACGACAAGACGCUGCGCGUGUGGGACGUGGCGCACACGCGCUGCCUCAAGACGCUCUACGCGCACCAGCACUUCGCCACCAGCCUCGAUUUCCACAGGAGCUUGCCAUACGUGAUAUCAGGCAGCGUCGAUCAGACCGUCAAAGUUUGGGAGUGUCGCUAAGAGCAUUGCCAUUUUAGUAACUUAAACUCACCGAUGAUAUUUUUAUCAUUAUUUUUCACAUUUAAUAAAACUUCAAUGAGAGCAUUAAGUUUCGAUUUUAAUGGUAAAAUCAUUCAAAGAAACGAAUAAAUAGUUUUGAUAAUUUAUUGAUAUUGUUUCUUCCUUCAGUUCAUUGCGAUCUACAGUGGUGUAUCAGACAAUGCUAUGUCGAAAGUUGUAUUCUCUACCGCGCUUAUUCGCCCUGUCGAAUGAUUAGAGCGACACAUUCCAUUAAAACUUAACGGCUCAUAGAAGAUAAUUGUUGUAUGUGAAUAGUUAAUUUUGUUGUGUCUGGUUUUAGUAAAUUGUCAGAAAAAUCAAUGAUGUAGCAUUCGUCAUAUGCCCGAUUGAACGAUGAAGCGAGGAGUAAAAGCUGUGUUAUAAUUUAACUUUUCAUUAUUCUAUUUUAUUUUAUAGUUAUUGUUUAUUCGUAAGAACGUUUAGAUAUAAUUUUAUUUGGUAUGAAUAGUUAAAUGUUUCCUUAUUUGUCCACUCUAUAAAACUUGUACCUUAAUUUUUUUACUUAUAAAUUUAGUUUUAUUAAAUUUAAUAUUUAUGGUUAUUCAUGACAAUCGACCUGGAUUUAGUCAUUUUAUGUGAAUCACAUUAAAAAUUACAUUUUCCUUGUACAUAAUGAAGCUUAUAUCUUUUUUGUCUCUGCUCGAUUGAUCCUCAUUAUGUUUGUUUGCGUUCCUGCCAACAGCAUUAAUGGAUAUCAAAUGGGACAAGAAACUAAAUGAAUAACUGUUUAGUUCUAUUGCAAUAAGUGUGAUGCUGAUGGAGAUAAUGUACGCUUUGUUUGUAACAAAUUACAGUUUUAAAGGGACUUAUUUUAAGUUUUGUCAAUUCAAAACUUUAACUAUAAGUUAGAGUGUUAUAGGUAUUUUAAAAGAUUUUUUACUAUUUAUUUAUAUCUUCGAUGUUUUUAAUUUGAAAUGUCUCAAACGAACUUUUUUAAUGAGCAUAGUGCUUUAAAUUACUAAUUUAAGUGAUUUCUUGCAAUAGUUUACUAUAAAAUAAACGCCCUUAUAUCGGU